AUGGCCGGUAAAGGAGAAUUUAGCUCCGGUGGCUACUCCAACGACGGUGGAUACUACUGGCUUUCAUCAAGUGAAAUCUCGAUGGGAGUAGUAAAGAUGAUACCUUUUUUGAAUCACAUCAAUGGCUACAAUCUGAUUCUGAAGAUGAUUUCUACAGCGUUAAUGGCGAUUUUACUCCAUCACUUGGAAAUACUCCAAAAUGUAGUUUCUCUGCAGAGAAACUUCCUCGGUUUCAUAACCCUUUAUUCGGAGAAGAGAAGCCUCGAGUAUCGAUUUCGCAUUUUAGCACCACGGAGGAAGAAACUAGGUGAACUUUUUAGAGACAGUAUAAGAGAAGGACGAGAGGAAAUUUUCGAAGAGUCAUCGAAAAACCAAAGUGAAAAAGGAAAAAAAUCAUCAAGUGAUCACUCUGAUGAGCUCAAAAUCAUUGAAAAUUCUGUAAAAGAGAAGAAGAAUCUGAAAUCUUUGAAUUAUCAUCAUCGUUGUCUUCCAAGAUUCUCGUCUUUUAAAGGAAGUUUAAUGGAGAAGAAGAAGAAGAAAAAGAAGAAAAUUCAUGUGAAAUGAGAUUGAAAGUUUGGAUGUUUUAUUAUAAAAAUUCGAAUAACUUUCACCUAUGGUAAUUUUACAUGUUAUUCGCUGAUUGAUGUGAUGAAAACAUAAGCACUGAUUUAGACAAAGAGAAACAUAUUUAUGAUUUAUUAAAAGUUAGA